AUGCACUCCAAGUCUCAGUUUUAUCUUUCUCAGUGUAUCGAGGCGGCCUCAAAGUCGCCGAUGGCAUUCACACUGGGAUCUGUAAUCGUUAAGGGCGGCAAGGUUAUUUCAACAGGCUACAACCACCAGCGCGUUCACUACGAUGAGCUCAGCGUCGAUUCCGCCUUUGGGAAGCCGGUCUCGAUGCAUGCGGAAAUGCACGCCAUAUACAACUUGACUGGUGGCCGGUCUCCUCCGUUCAAGCAGCAGGUUCAACCGAACCCACAACCGCAUAAACGAAAACGACGAGCGGGAGGACAAGCGCCAAAGUUGCCAUUUCAGCACAGCGUCUUUUAUGGAACUAAGGAGCAACUGAGGGACAGGCCAGCCGGUGUCGUCGAGAAAUCAAUUUGCCCCAGUCGGCGUCGUAGAUUUUCAAAAAUCACUGGGGCAGAUCUUUAUGUUGUUCGAACUACGAAGAGUGGGAUGGGAUGUGCCAGACCUUGCUGGCGAUGUAUCGAUUGGUGCGAUUGGGCUGGCAUCAAGCGCAUAUUCUACUGGAGUGAAGGUGACGGGGCGUUCUGCUGCCUCAAGGUCGCUGAUGCAAAGAGCACUCGUUACGAGACUCAGGCGGACAUCCGUUUGUUUGGUGGUGCUUUGCGUUCUGGGUAA